UGUGAGGAAGAGAUUGUGUCUGUGUGAGGAGGAUUGUUCAACACAGUGAGUGGCGUGCCUGUGUGUGUAUAUAUGUGUGUGUGUGUCACUGUGAUACUGUGUGUGUGUGUGUGUGUGUGUGUGUGUGUGUGUGUGUGUGUGUGUGUGUGUGUGUGUAUGUAAGAGAGACAUUGACUUAGAGAGGAAAAACGGGACAAGUGUUUGGUAUUUCUGUCUGCAUUUCAGUCUGAUAUCAACAGACAGGGAGUGUGUGUACACGUGCAGUCUGUGUGAGUGCACAAGUCAAUGUGUGCGUGUGCUUUUUAUGUUGUUGUUUUUUUGCUGUUGUUAGUCAAAAUGGAAGCAAAGCAGCUCUAACACAUGACAUCACUUUGCACGGCUACAUUUCAUACGGCCACACUCAGCUGCUGAAGGAGAGCAUCGUUGGUAUUGUUGCAUCUCUGGUCUCCUCCUUCCUCCCUCCUCCUUUCCCCUCCCUUCACUCAUCCAUCCAUCCGUCCACCCCCUCUCCUCUCCACACACGCACACCGAUUUGCGCAUCGCCUCCUCCGGCACAAUGACCAACGAUUCUCCGGAGGAGGAGACCCGAGCCCCGAGCGGCGGAGGAGGUGUCGGAGGUGGGAAAGUAAUCACUCGAAGGAACCGAGCGGACGACAAUGUGACCAUCCUGACAUCCUCCAUGGAUUUACACAGAGCCAGCCGGAGCCGAGCCAGCAGCAGCAACGAUCCCGCCCCGAGCAUCACAUCCUCCGUGGAUCUGAGCACCUCCUCUCUGGAGCUGAGCAUCCAGACGCGGAUCUUUAAGAUCAUCGUCAUCGGGGACUCCAACGUGGGGAAGACCUGCCUCACCUUCCGCUUCACCGGGGGAAGCUUCCCCGACAAGACCGAAGCUACUAUCGGCGUGGAUUUCAGGGAGAAGGCGGUGGAGAUUGAAGGGGAGACUAUCAAGGUGCAGGUAUGGGACACAGCAGGCCAGGAGCGAUUUCGUAAAUCCAUGGUGGAACACUAUUACCGCAAUGUUCAUGCUGUGGUCUUUGUGUACGAUGUCACCAAGAUGGCUUCCUUCCGCAACCUACAGACAUGGAUAGAGGAGUGUAAUGGCCAUCGGGUCUCGGCAUCAGUACCUCGAGUCCUGGUGGGAAACAAGUGCGACCUUGUGGACCAAAUACAGGUGCCCUCCAACACAGCUUUGAAGUUCGCCGACUCCCACAACAUGCUGCUGUUUGAGACGUCGGCCAAAGACCCGAGGGAGAGUCAGAACGUUGACUCCAUCUUCAUGUCUCUGGCCUGCCGUCUGAAAGCCCAGAAAUCCCUCCUCUACAGAGACGUGGAGAGAGAGGAUGGGAGAGUCCGGCUCACACAAGAGACUGAAACAAAGAGUAAUUGUCCGUGUUGAGGAAAAGGAGAAGUGGGAGGCAUAAUGGAAGGGGAAGAGAGAAGAGUAGCUGUACAUGUCAAGGAAGAGGAGGAGAGGGAUGAUAGGAGAGUGAGGUUACAACAAGAGUCUUUUAAAUUAAGUGCAACUUUCCUGGUUUAGGAGAAGGAAUGGGGGGGUUGAGGCUGACACUAAGAGCAACGUUUUUCAAGGGGGCUGAAACAUCAUCAAUAUUCUUGUUCUCAAGGAUGAGGAUAGGGAUUAGGAGUGAGGAUGGAGAGUAAAGAGGACAAGAGAUUUAUUAACAAUUCAGAAAUGAGACAAUGUUGUCUUUAAACUGCAGCAUAGUGUAGAUUCGUCCAAUUUAUUGAAAUAUAGACAGAAACAGAGUACAUUCAGUGUGCCCAGUGAACAGGCAAACACAGGAGAUGAGUCAUUUGGGGAUCUACAACAAACAGUCUUGAUGUAAGAGGCUAUUGUUUCCUGCCCUGGUUUGGUGUUUAUGACAGCCAUUACUAUCAGGAACAUUCUGAGGCAACAUAUUAGAGCAGUCUUAUUUUUGCUGCCUUAUUCAUAUUGAUUUCAUCCACAUCCUAGCUGAACCCAGAUUUCCCAACCCUUCUCUACUGCCUUAAAAAGAUACAUCUGUCUUGGUUUCAAGAACUCAUUCAGGCAAAAGUAGCAGAGAGGUUUUAAGUAUUUUAAUUGCUUGAGAUGAUCUUGGUUUGUACAAACAACCAAACACUCUCUUGUCUCCUAAGUGGCUAAGUACUUGAGAGGUUGAAUGAGACUCUUUUUGUCUCAGAAUCUUAAUGUACCAGAUAUCUAUCUGGGUCAGUCCUUCACAAGUUGACUUAAAAUUACUGUGAGAUCAAGAAUACAUAGGAAAAAUGAGAAAACACCUCUCAAACAAACUAUGGCUGAAAUACGGGGGAAAAGUGUAGGUGAGCUCAAAGGACCUACACAGGAAGACCUUGACAACAAGGUUUCCUGAAAACAGAGCAUUUAGAGGUUGUCAGGCAGCAUGUCACAUAUUGAUUUAGAGGCUGUAAGAUCCUCUUACCCUUAUGCAGGAGAAAUGCACUCUCCUACAAAGAAGAGCCAUCAAAGCAAGGCUCCGUUUUCUCAUCUAAUCCUGAUGUAAACAUAUCUUCUCUAUGCUACCCUCUGGCAAAGUGGCUUAUCCAGCUUUCCCUUUGUGUGCAAAUGUAAAAACAUCCAGUCUUUGCCAUAUGUGACCUCAAGACAGCCAGUCAGCCAGUCAGCCACAGCAAUUCCAUACUGAGUAAUGACCAUUAUUCAAAAUAAAGGCCUUCUGUUUACUAUGUAUAGACAUAUAUCUGCAUGUGUAUGCAGAAUCUGUAGACAACAGUACAAGAUUUUGGUAUCAGAAACAUUCUGGAGUAGUAUUGACCAAUCAUGUUUGAGCAAGCUUUAGUUGCUUGCAGGUUAACAGUUUGUGUGGAGAGGCGGAAUGCACUGGCCUAAAUGCAAUCUCUGAACCCAGCAGCUAUUGUCUGAUGAAGAUUUAUUUUAUUAGCUUUUUUAAGAAAUGUGUCUGUAUUCAUAUGCAGAUAGAGAAUAGAUGAAAUGGCCGGUGCAUGAAAGAGGAAGUCUUGGCCUGGAUAUCCACUGGCUCAACCCAAUUGCCAGAAAAAAAUGUUGCCAUUGUGCAUUUCUGCAAACUGUCGAAACAGCUUGAAAGCCAAACUCAAGGCUUCAAAACAGGAGUCCACAACCAAUGGAUGACAUCACGGCAGCUACGUCCAUUCAUUUUACAGUCUAUGGUUUAGGCAAAAAAAACAAACAAAAAACAUUAGUUUUAGUUAAGUAAAGAUCAUGUAGGGGCUUAAAAAACUGGUUUUGAUGGUACAGUCAGGGCUGAAGAAGCUGUUGAUACCUCGGUAAAAAACAACCGCUUUUUGUGUCACUGUCCCUGAUGGAAAAACAGGGAGGGGUCACUAAAAAACACCUACGUUUAGUGGCUGAACAGAUGAUUUGCUAAAAAACAACUGGUUUUGUUGGUGUCAAACAGUGGUCUGCAGCUUGGCAAGCGUUUUGCAGGCAUCUCACCUAAGUGUCAAGCCAUCCACCAUUCCCUUCAUCUCCUGAUGACACAGUCAGCUUAUAAACUACGUCACUUAUGAAAUGUUGAAAUGUAACGUAUUUGUGGUUUGCAGAAACUUACAAUGCCAACAUUUCCUUCUGGUGACUGAGAUGGCUGGAUUCACUGAAUCUCCCAAAACAUUGUUCUGAGAUUUCCUUCAGUCUGUCUUUGACAAUGUGCUCUCCUCAUCAAUAUCACUGCCUCCAGUCUCGGAGAGGACAGGAAACAUGAUAGAAAACUGUGACCCCUGUAUGGAUACUGGAUACAUUUAUACUGCGACACAUCCUGAGCCCAGGUGUAUGGUACAGUAUGAGUGACUUUUAAGCUUGGUGUCUGUAUAAGGGAACGAGUCCAUGAUGACACAGGCUGCAUGAAACAUUGUAGAAAGCCAUAUUCAUUAUUUAAUGUGCACAGAGAUGCAGAGUGUUUUACAUUCAGAGAGCUCCAGCUGGGUUGUGGAUGGAAGAACACUGUACAUGACUCAGUGUUGAAGCUAUGGAGCAUUUGUAAUAAGGCAUCAAUUCACAAGUCUGACCAUAAUGCUGUCACUUUGCUACGGCAGCACUUUCACCAUAUCUUACCCUAUUUUAACACUGUAGCCUACUUUUGCAAUCCUAUUAAUGUACUUGGAUGCCAUAUGUAAAAAAAUUCAGAUCAGUGAGCAUUUCAGACCAGUGUUCCCUCCAAGCUGACAGUCUGAUGACCUAAUUAAUAUUCCACUGAGCAACCUAAACACUGUGAAGAUGAAGUUAAUGAAAUCCAUAAGGCUAUUGUCUCAGCUGUAUCAGGUUUUGUUGAUUUUUAUUCAGACAUUCUUGAGUUUCAAACAUGUUUGUAUCAGAGGCAGCAGGAUCAAGCAGCCGUCACAGGUGAAUGAAAUAGCAUUACUGUAAAGUACCAGGAAAAUUUCUAGUCAUUCUUAGUGUAUGUAUGGAGAAAUCUGUGGCAUGGAACCCAGAGCCAUAGCUGAAACAAAAGCUGGGCAAAAGAACUCAUGAAAAAUAGGAUAACAUUCAUUCAUCCAUUUUCUGAACUGCUUGUACUGUUCAGGGUUGUGAGGGGGG